AAAAUGGGCGGGCAGUGGCGUUCUAGUCCUUUAAAAGACGCACCAACAUCGACAUUUGAUAGUGUGAGCUAGGCUAUAUCGCCCAUCAGGGUUCACUAUGGCUUGUCUUAACCGAAGAGGAUUCCAUGUUGUUGGCAUUUUAUUCUUUAUUAUAACACUUGCCAUCAGCUCAUCUUCGGGUAUUUUUUCAGCCGAAAAAAAAGAGUCCACCAGGAUUGUUGCUGCUGCGGACGCAGAAAGCUCAACUGCAUCAGCAUCAUUAUCCGAAAUUUCAAUUUCAGCAAACGCUAGCGAAAGUACAAUUUCGACAUCAAUCGAUAAUACGACUAAAGCACCUUCAGUUACAUUAUCUGAUUCAGCCUCUCUCGUGGAAAAAACAGGUGUAACCUGGCGUACGGAAAACUUGCUUGUCCCUGCACCACGAACUGUAUCUCUGCUUGCACAACUGAUGGCUUUAUCGACGAAGAACAUCGAUACCGCUUUUCGUGGCAGCAGCAGUUCCAAAAGAAAUCAGCAGUCAACUUCUAUCCAGUACACCCAAAGUUUCCGCACUACUCUCGUACAGAUAAGUCAUAAGCUAAGCAACGCUUUCUUCUUAGCCAGCAAAAAUUCCGAAAUGAUCGAGUUAUCUCUUCUCACUGCACCCGGAAAAGCUAGAGAAGCUUUCAGUUAUUUGAAAAGAUUUAGAAAUUCCACCCGCUUCGCAAAAUACUUGGCGCUACCUUUAAAGAGCUUGAAAGACACCACCGAUAAGACAUUCGAUCUCUCCAGUCAGACAGUUAAACAAUUUUUGGAAUUAGUUCAACUAGUAAGGGAAGUUAACGAAAUUGUCGAUUUUUCCAAGACAGAAAAAGAACAGCAAAAAGGGGCCGUACUUAUUGAAUUGCAGUCGACACAAAAGGAGAAAAACGAAACCGAGAGUGAACUUUUGAUUAUUAGAAAAGACGUAGAAAAGUUGAAAGAUCAACUACAAUUGCACAAAGUCCAACUAGAUUUAGCCAAUACAGAUUUUGAACAGUUAAAAGUGGAUUUGAACGACAUGUCUCGAUGUUAUUGGUCAUGGGAAGAUAGUGAAAAGCAGUUGGAAUACAAAUGCCCUUAUCGACCGAAUCCUUCAAAAAUAAGCGAGGCCAAAAACGCCAAAGAAGCACCGGAAAAAGAAUUCCAAUCCACAAUGAAAGAGCUAGACGAGAAAGAAAGUAUUGCGCGAGAGAAAAGAGAGAUCGACCACGAACUGUUAAUCAAAAUGAAGCAAUUAUUUUUUAAGCAGCGCCAGCUUGAUGACGAUAUUCAGUUGCUCGAAGAAAGUAGCCCAAUACUUAAUGGAUUAGUGGGAAAUUUCACUUUGUUGAAAAUGAGUUGGCUCACGUUUGUCACUAUGUGUGAAGUCAUAAAAGAAGGUGCCACGAAGAGCUAUGCUACAGUCAUGGAAAUCAUCGAAGAUCCCAGCAGCUGGAACGACAGUCUUUCAGAUGAACUUUCACUGCAGGUGCAGGCCACACUGGAAAAUCUAUCUCUGCUUACGACAAUCGUCCAGUCGUACCUGGAGGGUUACAAGCGACACAUUAUGGAGAUCGUUGCAGAAGCGGAAGAAACGUUGGUCAAGACAGGCCACCCAGAGGAAAUUGAACGCGAUCUUCUAAGAAAAUGUGACGCGGCAUCUGGCGAGAUACAGAAUUUCAUUCAAAGUAAUUCACAACUUCAUGAAGUUGACUCCCAAAUCGCGCAAAGAACCAAGCAAUCUAAACAGCGUCUCCGCAAUGAUUAUUAAAAUGACCCAUUUUGGUUCGUCAUUUCUGUACAUCGGCAUAUGCGCAUUGCGCAAAUAUAUCGUAUGCUGUGCUGCAAAUUUAUCACACAAUUUAAUUGAUUUCUUGAAUGCUGUAAAAGAUGAGUUGGAAACAGAAUACAAUACUUUUACAGAUA